AGAGAGCAUGUGCUGCCCUCCCUCUGCUCAAACACACACACACACACACACAGCUUCAGGCACUGAUUCUUAAUAGCAGGGAUGCAUGGGUAGCCAGAACAUUCCUUCAGCACUGAUGUGGCGUUGUGUCAACACGAUCAUGUUACUGCAACAACCUCACACACCGAGGCCGGGAUGCAAGGCUGUUGGCUGAAGACUGAGGUGAAACUAUGGCUUUGGUCCUAUCAAUGAACCCUUUUUGUGAGCCUGAAUCCGAAGCCACGCCAUCAAUCUACCAACCAAUCUGGGAUUCGGAGCAUUGCAGUAAAAGCUGUAUCUCCACCUCCUCACCGCCAGGGGGUAUCACCCAAGGGCUCAUUGAAGAGCCCCAUUACAGACGAGCUCCUGAUCAUGUGAUGGAUCGUGUGGCCCUGUCACGGAUCACAUAUUUCAAGAGGAAGUUUGUGGAGGAUAUAGAACCUGCACUGAGCCUCAGGAGUUACUGUCACACUCAGGUAUCACCGGUCUUGGAGGAGCGUGCACACAUUCUCCGUCUUUCUCUCGAGAAGCUACGUUUCAUGGAUGACCCCGAGUCCUUCUUACGGCGCUCCGUGCUCAUCAACAACCUUCUCCGUCGUCUCAGAAACGAAAUUCUCCUCCAGAGUGACUUCCCAUCAGGUUCCACAGCAACACCUUAUUCCCUCCAAACCCCUGCCACAAAUACCCCUCUUCCCCCUCCUGCCCUGCAGCCCUGCAUUACACCGCCCGGGCCGUACCGCAAACGCCUGCGUCUGCUGAGGCGUGAAGGUCCAGAGUGUGUCCCUGCCUGCUGCUGUCUAUAUGCAUCCGGCCGUUACCUCCAGCUCCCCCUGUCUGUGUAUGAACGGGACGUAUACUCCAACUCUCACCCUUCUUCUUCAUCAUCAACUUCAGUAAGAUUUCCACAGCUGCUGGAGGAGGAGGAUGAGGAGGAGGACAGUGAUGAAGAAGAGGACUCUGUGUGUCCUAUGUUGGCUCUAUGUCAUGCUGAAACCAGAGAGCAGAACAGGGCAUGGGAUGGUCUGCAGAGCCACAAGGAAAACAAGACCCUGGAGAAAAAGAGAGAAAAGGGGAAGGAAAAGGUUAGAGGAGGGGAGGUUUCACAGCGAUGGCUUUCAGACGCUAUAGGUUCUGGACACCAUGGGGCUCUCGCCAGGGCUCACUUGAGGGGAAAAUAACAACAGAACACUUGCUGUGGAAACAAAGGAAGAAACUGGUUUCCAGCAGCCUUAUAGAUCCGUUAUACAAACCAGAAUAUCAAAGUUUUCUUAAUUUUUAGGUACUUUUUGUACUUCUGGAUUACGCAUCACCACAAAUCGAAAGGGACGGUGAAUUCACAUAUCACUCGUCUCUUGCGGAAACUACCAUACUGUGCCUUAAAUGUUCUUGUUUAAUGUGUUUGAUGUGUUUGUGGAUAUUUGUGACUGAACCAAUCCACAAAGGAGUAUGGAAGCUUGUUUCCAUACACUUACAAUUCUGAGACAAAAAAGUGAACUGCAAGGUAUUGCAUCAUAAUUGUGAUUAGAAAAACAGAAUUGUAAAAUAAAAAGUCACAAUAAUCUUUUUUUUUAUUUCUUGGCAGA